UAUUGAGAGCAAAAGAGGGCGGGGAUUGAAGGGGUGCGGGGAAGAUUUCUGGGCUCGCAUGCAAAGGAGUCAAAGAGGGUAAAGCACAGAGAGGGUCGGAAAUUCGGCUGGAAAGUGGAGUCAAGAGGGUUAGAGCAAGAAAGAGGGAAGCUCAGAUAUUGGCCCCGGCAUGAUCCGAAUCCACCUCCUGGAGGGAAAGGCUUUUGUGUGGAAUUACACAGACGCGCGGCAGAUCCGAGAGAAGCAUCGCAUUGUCGGCACGCUGGUUGGAGCAUUGGCUCGGAAGCCUCGACAGAACGUGCGGAUGGGGCUUCCCCUGCAGUUGCUCCCGGAAGAGGCUCGGCUGCUGGUGGAAAGGGGUGUGGCAACUUUGCUGAAAAACCCAGCUUGCCAGCCCCAUGGAGAUGACACGGGCCAGGGUCCUUCCACCCUGGAGGACGUGGCUACUUACCAAAAAGGGUUAGAGGAGAACUAUCGGGAGCAGCUUAGACUUGCUGCCGAACAAAGGAAGGCCUUAUUGGACACUCUUGCCGAACGCAUAGCCCAGGGCCAGGCGAAGAAGCGGCAGCAGAAGGGAGAGGAUGGAGAUCCCCCCUCAAAGCCUGCAGACUUGGAAUCCACUUUUGCGUUUCCUCGGGAAUCUAUGAUGGUCCAGCUCCCAACAGAACGGACGCAGCCGGGCCCAGAAGAGGAAAUCAACUGUCGUGUGCCUUCCCAAGACUGGCCUUAUGCAGGACAACAGGGCCAUGAGUUGCGUUACCGUGUCUUCCAGAACCUCUGGCAACGGGGCUAUUAUGUCACCAGCGGCAGCAAAUUUGGGGGCGACUUCCUUGUUUAUCCAGGAGACCCGAUGCGGUUCCACGCCCACUACAUUGCCCUCUGUGUCCCUAAAGAUGAGCCCCUCUCCCUUUGUGACAUCAUCAGCGCAGGACGGCUUGGCACCAACGUCAAGAAGACUGUUCUUCUCUGCUCAGUUGAGCAGGACGGGACUGCAGUAUAUUCAUCCCUGCAAUGGAGCGGAAUGCAGUGAGAGUGGACUGCUUGUUGGGUUCCAGGAUGGCUUAUUGGCAGUGGAGAAGGGCUUCAGGUCUUGUGGCAGGCCUGCUCAACUCCCCUCCCCAGCUGUUUUUGGACUACAACUCCCAUAAACCCCAGCCACAGUGGCCAAUAGCUAGGAAUUAUGGGAAUUGUAGGCAGGCAUCUACAGGAGGGCCAAAGUUGAGCAGCCCCAUCUUAUGACAAUUGACCACAAUCUACCUCAUUCACAGCUGACCCACCAUUACUGGCAUUUUAUAAAUGCUCAUUCCCAUGCAGUAAUUGUCAAAGGUACUUCAAAUGGCUGCCCCAUUUCAGAGGCAGCUGCAAGGAGAGGUACAGCUCUCUGCAUGGAAACAGAUGGCCCAGACCUUCCUAUUCAUUACCAUUUUAGGCAAAACUUUUGCAAAGGCAGGAGAAUAAUAUACCCCUUUCCAGGGCUGCCUUGGGUAGUUUUAUUUAUUUUAUUUUUGCAUUAAUAUACCGCCUUUCGUUAAGACAACCCCAAGGCGGUUUACAAAAGUUAAAACAUACAAUAAAAAGACAAUAAAAACAUCAA